UCAUUAUUAUUUCAAGGCCCAAUAACUGAAUCUCCUCCUCUCGUCUUCUUCUCUCUCUCGCUGCUCUUCCUCCCACAGAUCGAAACCAUGAAUCCUGAGUACGACUAUCUUUUCAAGCUCCUGCUUAUCGGGGAUUCUGGCGUAGGCAAGUCUUGUCUUCUUUUGAGAUUUUCUGAUGAUUCUUAUGUAGAAAGUUACAUUAGCACUAUUGGAGUCGAUUUUAAAAUUAGGACUGUGGAGCAAGAUGGGAAAACGAUUAAGCUCCAAAUUUGGGACACUGCUGGUCAAGAACGGUUCAGGACUAUCACUAGCAGUUACUACCGUGGGGCACAUGGAAUUAUUAUUGUCUACGAUGUCACAGAUCAAGAAAGCUUCAAUAAUGUCAAGCAAUGGUUGAGUGAAAUUGAUCGUUAUGCUAGUGACAACGUGAACAAACUCCUGGUCGGAAACAAGUCUGAUCUUACUGAAAACAGAGACGUUCCUUAUGAAACGGCCAAGGCUUUUGCCGAUGAAAUUGGGAUUCCUUUUAUGGAGACUAGUGCAAAAGAUGCUACAAACGUAGAACAGGCUUUCAUGGCAAUGUCUGCAUCCAUCAAAGAGAGAAUGGCAAGCCAACCAGCUGGGAAUAAUGCAAGACCGCCGACAGUGCAGAUCAGAGGACAACCUAUGGCUCAGAAGAACGGCUGCUGCUCAACUUGAUUGAAUUGACCAGCCUAGCAAUAUCCUUUCCAAUCUUAGAACAAGUGUUCCUUCUUUUGACUAGGCUCCAAUUCACUUGUACUUGGUUGUGUCUUGUCUGUAAUUAAGCUCCCUUGGUUGGUUAUUAUUCUGUUUUCCACGUUUCCUAUUUGGUUUACCUCAUGAUGAGGUCCUCAUCCUUGGCAACUAUCUCUUCCCAACAUUAUUGUUUUUCAUUGCUGCCUUUAGUGGUUUUCUGUGGGUAUUUGCUUAACAAUAUUCAACCCUUGUAUGACUCGAUUUAAUACCCACUUUUUUUCUUUUUCUUUCCUAUUAUCAAA